CCGAGCGGACUAACGGAACACACACACCGACAGCUCCGGAUUAUUAACGGGAUCUUUAGCACACCGGCAGGGAAUCCCCGACACCGGCAGAUUGAUCCACCUGACAGCCCGGUGAAGCUCUGCAGCGGGUUUCUAUCUCUGCACUCACACACAGACUCAGUCACUAUGCUGCUGGAGCGCGAGGACAGCUUCAUGUCGGAGUUUGAGGACGCGUGCAGCGCCUGGGUGGACAGUGUGGGCUCGAGCCCCAGCGACGGGGCCGACUCUGACGUGGGAUCACCUUUCUGCCAAGUCUUCUCUCCGGGCACUGACGCCUCUGACUCAGAUUUCUUCUCCGACUUCAGCGACUGCUCCUCGGACACGCUCUCUCCCUCCCUCGGCUACACCGGCAGCUUCUUCACCGAGCCGGAGGCAGCACCGGCGGCAGCGGGGCUGAGCAGCACCGCGGACGCGAUCCUCAACAUGAUCACAGAGAUCGUCGGGAUCUGCACCGAGAUGGAGCAGCAGGGCGACGCCGGCUCUGUGCACGAGUCCGGCGCAUCAUCUGCGGCGCCCUCCCCGGCCGCAGCCGCCCCCUCGCCCCCGCUCUUCGCUCCUUCUCCACCUCCAUGCGUGGCGCCCAUCUCCGAGCUGAGCAUCCCCCCCCAGCCCCCCGCCUCGGGUUCACACCCUGUGAUGGUCAAGAGCGAGUUUGUGAGCUCCAGCUGCAGCAGCGGGUGUGGACAAUCUUCAGUGGCCGGGAAUGAUGCUCUGUUCCCGGCUAGCGCGGACUCUCUCCUCCCGCUGUCUGCGCUGGAGCAACAGGUGGAUGUGGCCGAAUUCAUCGACUCUCUGCUGAGCUCCGAGGCCGGCCAGGGUGAGCUGAAGGCCGGCUGUGAGGUGAAGCAGGAGCCGCUGGGGCUGGAGGACUGGCUGAAAAGCCUGGCGGCUGCACCGGUUGCCGGGGGAGAUUCCGGCAGCUACGUCAUCAGCAGGCCGGUAGUGAAGACGGAGCUCGCGCAGAGCGGGAGCAACCUCCACUUCUCGCCCUCCCCCCUCCCCUCCACCCUGGACGCUCAGCUGCUCUCCUCGCUCCUGCAGGGCGCGUUCCCGAUAGUCAACAUCAGCAACGUGCACGCGCCUGGAGCUCCCAAGCUGUCACGCGGGGGCAGGAGAGCUCCCGCCAAGAACGGCCUGAAAGUGAAACCCUUCCCUUGCUCCGUGCAGGGGUGCGAGCGCCGCUUCUCGCGCUCGGACGAGCUCAACAGGCACGUGCGCAUCCACACGGGACAGAAGCCCUUCCAGUGCACCAUCUGCGCGCGCAGCUUCAGCCGCAGCGACCACCUGACCACGCACACGCGCACGCACACGGGGGAAAAGCCCUUCUCGUGCGACGUGUGCGGCAAGCGCUUCGCGCGCAGCGAUGAGAGGAAGAGGCACGGGCGCGUGCACGUCAAGCAGCAGCUGCGCGCGCAGAUGAUGGCCGCCUACUCUCUGGCCCUGAACGCGCCUGGCGUGUAAAGCAGCAGCGCGAGCUCCCGAUCAUUUGGCCGGUGAGGCUGCUGCGGAAGCUUCAGGAUUUUAACCGUCAACCGGAAACCGUCAGAGACGUUUCCAUGUGACGUCACUGAAGGCGAUUUUAGCUGAAGCCUGGAGGACUGAGGUGUUUAAGGUGUUCAGAGGACUCCAGGCUGCUGUCAUGGCGCAUGCGUGAGGUUAGAGUCCACUGCAGGAGGAUGAGGAUGAGGAGGAGGAGGAGAGGAAGGUGACUGUGGACACUGACCGUGGACCAGCCGUUUCCCUCCUCACCAUCACGCUGCUGUUUGUUAGAAGCGUGUGGCUCGUGACCGUGGACUGAGGCGCGUGGGAGGACUUUAAAGGAGCAGUCCGUCUGUUUCCACUUCUUCUGCCUGUAACAUAUUUUUGAUCUUCUGCAUGAGGACGUGACGACGCUGAAUGUUGACGUCAGAAUGUGGUGGUUGUUUUUUAUGUCUUUCUAUAUGACGUCACGUCACGAGGAGCUCUAUGUUUGUAUGACAUCUCUAUUUUUCUAAGCUGUCCGUCUACCUCUCUGUGGCGCCAUGUUACAAUCACACCUGUGUGCUCCGAGGCCACGUGUCAUGAUGAUGUCACUUUUAUACACGAGACGAUUGUAAACUUUAUUUAUAAUCUUCAUCCUGAUAAUCAUCAUCCUCAUCAUCACAGCACAGGUGGAGCUGCACCGGUGCAUUGUGGGAUACGUGACUGUGCAGGUUAAUGUUCCCUCGUUCUGCAUGGAGGCUGCUGCUGCUGUCAAUAAACAAACAAACAAACAAACAAACAAACAACAACAAUGAGUCCUAUCUGAUUCCUCUGCUUCAUCAUGACAAUACUCUUCAUCACUCUGGGCAUCACCUUCAUCAUCAUCAAUAUAACCUUCCUCCUCAACGUCAACACCAUCAUCAUCAUCAUCAUCAUCAUCACAGUUUUCCUCUUCAUCUUAACUAUGAGCGUCAUCUUCAUCAUGGAGCAUCUUCAUCACUACAAGUGUCUUAAUUAUUACCCGUACAAGCCUCAUCUUCAUCACUAUAAUCUUCAUCCUCACUGUAAACGGCAUCGUCGAUGUCAAAGUACUGUCCGUCUGCAUCAUGAGCAUCUUCAUCUUCAUCACUAUAAUCUUAUCCUCACAGUUUUCCUCUUCAUCUGAACUAUGAGCGUCAUCUUCAUCAUGGAGAGAAGUAUCUUCAUCAUCAUCAUCAUCUUCAUCAUUAUCAUCACUAUGAAUGUCUUUAUUUUGACCACUACAAGCCUCCUCAUCAUCAUCCUCAUCUUCAUUAAUAAGACCCCAUCAUCAUCACUAUAACCUUCCUCACCAUAAACAGCAUCAUCAUCAUCAUCACUCUUUUCCUCUUCAUCUGAAAUAUGAGCAUCAUCUUCAUCAUGGAGAGAAGUAUCUUCAUCAUCAUCACUAUGAGUGUCUUUAUUCCGACCACUACAAGCCUCCUCAUCAUCCUCAUCUUCAUCAGUAAGACCCCAUCAUCAUCACUAUAACCUUCCUCACCAUAAACAGCAUCAUCAUCAAGACUCUUUCUAUCUGCAUCAUCACUGUGAAAAUCUUCAUCUUAACAGCAUCAUCAUCAUCACUAUUUUCCUCUUCAUCUGAACUAUGAGCAUCAUCUUCAUCAUGAAGAGAAGUGUCUUCAUCAUCAUCACUAUGAGUGUCUUUAUUCCGACCACUACAAGCCUCAUCAUCAUCAUCAUCUUCAUCAAUAAGACCCCAUCAUCAUCAUCACUAUAACCUUCCUCUUCAGCGUAAACACCAUCAUCAUCAUCAUCAAGUACAGGACACUUUCCAUCUUCAUCUUCAUCGCUAUAAUCUUACCAGCCUCAUCAUCAUCACUAUGAGCGUCUUUAUUCCGACCACUACAAGCCUCAUCAUCAUCCUCAUCUUCAUCAAUAAGACCCCAUCAUCAUCACUAUAACCUUCCUCUUCACCAUAAACAUCUUCAUCAUCAUCAUCAGACUCUUUCUUUCAUCAUCCUCACUGUUUUCCUUUUCAUCUCUACUGUGAACAUCAUCUUCAUCUUCAUAAUCAUCAUCACUGUGAGUGUCUUUAUUCCAACCACUACAAGCCUCCUCAUCAUCCUCAUCUUCGUCGAUGAGACCCCAUCCUCCUCCUCAUCAUCGUCACAGAUUUCUGUGCACU